ACAAGGGUAGAUGAAGGAACCAAUACGCCACCUUAAUGUGUAAAUUUCAAUUAUAAAAUAAUAAUAAUAAUAAUAAUAAUAAAGCGAACAACUUUAAAAAGGAAGCAAUAGGCCAUUCUUUUGAAAUUUUCGGCUCUCUCCAGACAAGAAGGCCCAUGCUUUUGAUUUAUUUAGGUUUGCUUCUUCAGACAAGGUAUAGUAUUCAUUAAGCUAGGCAUCAGGGAUCAUGUAACAUCAAGACAUCAAAGAAAAAAAAGAAGGGGCAGUUGAGCUAUAGGAUUGAAGUGGCUAAAGAUUACGUUUGUUCCUAGCUCCCAGGACCAAAAUCCAAGGCCUUCAUUUAACUUCUUUUAAGAAAAGUUUUAUUUCAGGGAUAAUGAUCGAUUCAUGAAUGAGGAACAGCUUUUUUUUGUGAUUUUAAGCAUGUUUUGAUCAUUACACAAGGACUAUAUUUGUUCCUACAACAAGUAUGAAUGAGUUUGGUACUGAGAGAUCAAGGCCAUGGAACAUAUAUACAAGUUCAGAUCCAAGUCCAUCUCAAGCAGUAACUGAUAAGGAAACUCCUUGGAAAGACUUUGGAGCAUCCAUGAAUGCCAUUUCUUUUGGCUUUGUUGCUACAGCUAUCUUGAUAUCAAUGUUCCUUAUAAUGGCCAUUUUCGAACACCUUUUUCGCCCCAACCCUGCUUUUUCUUCACCUGAUCAAGUUACUGAUGGUGGUUUAGGGUCUAGACCAAUUGAGAAACUUGGGAAUCAAGAAAGAGUAUCAUAUGCAUCAGAUUUCUCAGUGGUGAUGCCAGGAGAGCAAUUUCCUACUCAUAUUGCACAGCCUGCUCCUUUGCCUUGCCCAAGGGAAGGCAUCUAUUGGCCACCCCAUGAACAUAAUUUUGUAUUUCCCUAAAAGUGUACAAUAACACCAAGCAAAGCAUUCAUCAAGGAUGCAUGUACAUUUUAUCAACAAUCAAACACUUGCUCACUUUUCUAUAUUAUUUUACUCCAUUAUCCAAUGAAAUAUUUUAUCUUGAA